AUGGUUACUGUGAUGGUGAACAAGGGUACAUUCCGGAGCGUGACACCUGUUGGAGCAGGACAGACGGUGACAGUGCAGAUCCCAGCCUCUGUAGAGAUGUUUGGCAGCACAACAUCCGCUAGCACCAUCCUGAUUCGGGCUGACAAAGAGAUCUCUGUCCUGUCUGUUAACUCAAAACCCAAUUCCAUUGAUACCACUGUCGUGUACCCCACUGACAAGCUGGGAACUAUAUAUUACAUUGUAACGCCACCUAGUAAACAUUCAAACGCCUUCAGAGAGUUUGCUGUCAUAGCAGGGCUGGCUCCCACUUCAGUAGAUAUUUAUCUGAAAGGGGCUGUGGUGUUCAAAGGACAGCGCUAUUCUGCUGGGAGUAAACUCACUGUAGCCCUUGCUCCCUACCAAGCCUUGCAGUUGCAAAGCUCUGCGGAUUUAUCCGGUACCAAGAUUGAGUCUCGGGAACAUGUGGCCGUUUUGAGCGGAAACACCUGUGCUGCCCAAAACACCGCUUGUGAUUAUGUUGUUGAACAGCUGCUGCCGGUCUCCAGCUGGGGCACCAGGUACAUCGUACCUCCUGUGUCCUUCCAGUCCAGAUUUGACACUGCCUACAUCGUUGCUUCUCAAAACACUCUCAUUGACUAUCAGUCAGGGCCCACAUCAGCUUCUCGCAAUAUGGUAGCCGGGCAGAUAGUCAUGUUUGAAAUCCGAGUUUCUCACCCACUGUACAUCUCUGCUAAUGCCGGAAUCCAGGUUCUUCUCUUUUUCACUGGUGCUAAACAUAGGAAAUCCACGUAUGACCCAUUCUUCAUCAACAUCCCACCCAUCACUAGCUACUGCCAGUCCUACCAUAUUGAAGGGAUGAAAGACUUUGAGAACCAUGUGCUGAUCAUAGUGAAAAGCUCAGAGUCCACCAGGAUCACUGCUGAUCAGAGAGCCACACAGAAUGUGCAGUGGAGACAGAUCCCUGGCACAGAAUAUUCUUAUGGACAGUACUUCUUCGGCACAGGGACUGGGGCACAUUCCAUACAGCACCCGAACUCUCCCUUUGGUUUGCUGAGCUUUGGAGUGAAUCAGUAUGGUGGAUAUGGCUCAUCAGGCAUUUCUGCAUGCGGUAACCCGACUCCAUCCUGCAGCACUGUUCAAUGCAGGAAGAAAGAGACAUGUCAGAUUGUCAAUGGCUAUCCAGUAUGUGUGCCUAAGUCCGAAUCCACCUGCUGGGCUCAGGGGGACCCACAUUAUCACACCUUCGAUGGGCAGAAUUUCGACUUCAUGGGCACCUGCACCUACACCAUCGCCAAGACCUGUGGCCCAGACUCAACUCUCCCACCAUUCAGUAUCAAGGCCAAGAAUGACAACAGGGGCAACACACGUGUCUCCUAUGUUGGUCAUGUGACGGUUGAGGUCUAUAAUGUCACUGUCUCAGUGGUCCGAUAUGAUACAGGGUUCGUGAGGGUGAAUGCCCAGCGGUCCCGCCUCCCCAUCUCUCUGCUUGAGGGGAAACUGAAGGUGUAUCAGAGCGGGGGCUCUGUGGUCAUCCACACUGACUUCUCUCUGAGGGUCUCCUAUGACUGGAACAGCUACCUGGUGGUGAAGCUCUCCAGCAGCUUCUCAGAUAGCGUGUGUGGCCUCUGUGGCAACUACAAUGGGGACCCCGGAGAUGACUUUGCCACCCCGGCCGGGGUGCUGGCUGCCAGCCCCAUUGAAUUUGGGAGGAGCUGGAAGGUGGAGGACGGGGACAGGUUCUGCUGGGACGACUGCCAUGGGCAGUGCAAGAGCUGUUCCCCGGAGCAGGUCGGCAGGUACAAAGCGGAGCCUUUCUGUGGCUGGAUCACCAAAGGGGCGGGCGGCCCCUUCAGCCGAUGCCACUCCAUGAUCGACCCCAAAAUCUACCUGGACAACUGUGUCUAUGACCUGUGCAUGAACGACGGGCGGAAGGAGAUGCUGUGCCAGGCGCUGACGAGCUACGCCGAUGCCUGCCGGGCCGAGGGCGCUGCCGUCUCUGACUGGAGGACUCCCACAGGGUGCUGUGAGUACAUCCUGGGUGACAAAUGGAAGCUGCCUCAUGAGUUAAUGACAGCAGGUUUUAAUAGCAGAUGUCCUUCUGUCCUUCUGACAGCUCUGCCCUGCCCUGAGAACAGCCAGUAUAAUGCUUGUGGCUCUGCGUGUCCUGCCACCUGCAAUGACCGAGUGGCCCCUAAGAACUGCUCCCUGCCCUGCGUGGAGACCUGCCAGUGCCACGAGGGUUUCGUGCUGGAUGCUGAGAGGUGCAUCCUCCAGACCGGAUGUGGGUGUGAGUUUGAGGGCCGCCUCUACGCGCCCGGGGAGCAGUUCUGGGGAGAUGGUGCCUGCACGAGACGCUGUGUCUGUGACCCGCAAACCAGGAGGGCAAGCUGCCACGUCGCAGGGUGCCGGGCCGGGGAGCAGUGCCAGGUGCAGAACGGCAUCCAGGACUGCUACCCCACAAGCUAUGGAACCUGCUCAGCUUCGGGGGACCCCCACUACAUCAGCUUUGAUGGGAAGAAGUUUGACUUCCAGGGCACCUGCCUGUAUCAGUUCGCUGGGCUGUGCAACAAAAGCCAGGACCUGGUGGAUUUCCAGGUCCUUGUUCAGAACGACCAUCGGGGAAGCCGCGUCGUGUCCUUCACCAAAGUCGUGCAAAUCAAAAUCUAUGAGGUCGACAUUGUGAUCAGAAGGGAAAACCCCGGCAGAGUCCUGGUGAAUGGCGUGCUGACCAACCUACCGUACAGCCACAACAGCAGCAAGAUCUCCAUGUACCGGAGGGGGCAGGAAGCAGUGAUCCAGAGCGACUUCGGUCUCACCGUCACCUUUGACUGGCAGAGCCGGAUCACCGUCUCUGCGCCAAGCAGCUACGCCGGCGCCCUGUGCGGACUCUGCGGGAACUUGAAUGGGGACAAGGGAGAUGACUUGACCAUGAGGGGUGGCAGGUUGGCCCCAAACCCAACGGCCUUUGGGCAGAGCUGGAAGGUGGCAGAUAUCCCAGGCUGUGUGGAGGUUGCCAAGGACGAGUGCUCAGAUCUAGCAGCUGUGGAGAGACGCCAACGAGGAGUAAGUCAGGAGUGCGGGCUCCUCCUAGACAAGAGCGGCCCCUUCCGAGAGUGUCACAGCAAAGUCGACCCGCAGGGCUACUUCCAAGACUGCGUGUACGACUAUUGCUUCUUCCAAGGCCGACAAGCUGUGACAUGCCAGCUUCUCACCAGCUACGCCGCAGCCUGCCAGGCCGCCGGGGCGGCUGUCUCUGCCUGGAGGAACAGCUCCUUCUGCAGUAAGUGCGAGCAGCUUGGCACCGCCUGCAGGGCUGAAAGGAGAAAAAGCGGCGUGUGUGGGGUCUCCCACAACCUGCCUGUGGUUGUGGCUGAGGGGCAGCUCCAAGCAUAUCAGCACGGCGGGAACGUGCUGGUGCAAACGGACUUCGGCCUCACCGUGAGCUACGACCUGGUUUACCAGGCCAGAGUCACUGUUCCAGGGAACUACCAGGGGCAGACGUGUGGCUUGUGUGGGAACUACAAUGGGCGCCAGGACGAUGAAUUUCUGCUCCCUGACAGCAAUCUGGCCCCCAACAUGGCAGCGUUCGGGUCGGCCUGGAAAGUCCCGGUCCCGGGGGCGGCCUGCGAGGACGGAUGCAGCAGGAACAGCUGCCCGGUUUGUGAGGAGAGGAAGAAGGACGUCUUCAAACAGCGCCACUACUGCGGGGUGCUCACAGACCCCAACGGCCCCUUCGCCGCCUGCCACGGCACGGUCAGCCCCAGCAUGUAUUUCAACAACUGCCUCUAUGACGUGUGCCUGGCCAACGGGGACUCCCCGGUCCUGUGCCAGAGCAUCCACAGCUACGUGACGGCCUGCCAGGAGGCUGGGGCCUCCAUCCAGCCCUGGAGGAGCGCCUCCUUCUGCCCUCUGCGCUGCCCGGCCCACAGUCACUACGAGGUGUGCGCCGACCUGUGCAGCACCACCUGCACCAGGCUCACCGACACCAGGAAGUGCCCAGUCACCUGCGCCGAAGGCUGCCAGUGCGACGAUGGCUUCCUCUUCGAUGGCCAGGGCUGCGUGGCCCAGCAGGGCUGUGGGUGCUUCAGCAACGGGAAAUAUUACAAGCCCCAGCAGCUGGUCAUGAGGAGUGAGUGCAGGCUCACCUGCCAGCCCCACAGCUGUGCCAGCAACGAAAGCUGUGAGAUGAGAGAUGGGGCCAUGCAGUGUGUUAACAAAGAUCCCUGCAAAGGCCUGAAGUGCCGGGCCAAGGAGACAUGCAAGAUCGAGAACGGCCGUGCAAUGUGUGUGCCCAACUACACUGGGACCUGCUGGGGCUGGGGGGACCCGCACUAUCACACCUUCGACGGGCUGAACUUUGACUUCCAAGGCACCUGCACCUACACCCUGGCCAGUUACUGUGGGAGCGACCCUACCCUGGAGCCCUUCACCAUCAAUGAGAAGAACGACAACCGGGGGGGCAACCAGGCUGUGUCCUACGUGCGUCUGACCAACAUCUACGUCUACGGGCACAACAUCUCUAUCCACAAGAACGAAGCUGGGAAAAUCAGAAUCAAUGACAUGAGCAGCAGCGUGCCAGUGACCCUGGAAGAUGGUAAAAUCAAGCUCUACCAGAGCGGUCUCAGUGCUGUCUUGCAGACAGACUUCGGUCUGAAGGUGUCCUAUGACUGGAAUUGGCACCUGAUCAUCACCCUCCCCAGCAGCUAUUAUGGGGCCACGUGCGGCCUUUGUGGGAACUUCAACCAAAACCAUGGAGAUGAAAUGAUGUCACCUACCGGCACCAGGGUCUCCUCCAUCGUGGAGUGGGCCAGGAGCUGGAAAGUCACAGACCGGGACCCCUUCUGCUGGGAUGACUGCAAAGGGAAAUGCCCAGCCUGCGAGGAGGGCAAGCAGGAGAUCUACGGGGGCGACGAAUACUGCGGUUUGAUCAGCAAAGCACCGGGAGGGCCCUUCAGAGAGUGUCACCCUAGAGUGAGCCCUGAGGACAUUUUUGACAGCUGUGUCUAUGACGUGUGUCUGAACGGGGGAGCCAGGAUAAUCCUGUGCCAGGCGCUGGGGGCCUACGCUGCCAUCUGCAAGAAACAGGGCCUCACCGUCUAUGACUGGAGGACACCGUCCGGCUGUGGUGAGCUCUGGGGUUUGGUUUCUUUAUUGACAAAGGCAGCAAUUACACUAGCCAGCCACUACGAGGCCUGCGGGGAUGCCUGCCCGGCCAGCUGCUCCGACCGCACUGCCAACGCCUCCUGCCCAGAGCCCUGCGUGGAGACCUGCCAGUGUAACGCCGGUUACGUCCUCAGCGCCGGGCAGUGCGUCCCCGUGGGGAGCUGUGGCUGCGACUACAACGGCCGCUACUACCAACCCAGCGAGGAGUUCUGGGCCGAUGAGAACUGCCGCUCUCGGUGCAGGUGUGACCCCAGCCUGGGCAUGGUGCUUUGCCAGGAGACCAGCUGCAAGGCCAGUGAGAGAUGCGCCGUGGUCAACGGGGUCCGGGGCUGCCAGCCAAUCAGCUACUCCACCUGCACGGCCUCCGGGGACCCUCACUACACCACCUUCGAUGGGAAGAAGUACGACUUCAUGGGCACCUGCAUCUACCAACUGGCGGGGGUCUGCUCCCAGGACCCCACGCUCACCCCGUUCAGCAUCAAGGUGGAGAAUAACAACCGGGGAAGCAAGACUGUGUCCUUCACCAAGGCGGUGACCUUGGAGGUGUAUGGCAGAAACAUCACUCUCAGCCAGCAGCAUCCCCGCAAGAUCAAGGUGGACGGAGUCUUUGUGGAUCUGCCUUUCUACCAUGAGGAGAAGCUUCAGGCCUAUGUCAGCGGAGCCCACGUCCUCAUCAAGACUGCCUUCGACCUGAGGGUGACCUUUGACUGGAACAGCCUGGUCCGGGUCACCGUGCCCAGCACCUAUGCCAACGCCCUCUGCGGCCUGUGCGGCGACAACAACCAAACCGCCAGUGACGACCUGACCAUGAGGGACGGGAGACGGGCGGCCAACGCCGUCCAGUUCGCAGAGAGCUGGAAGGUGGAGGAGAGCCCAGGGUGCUCGGACAUCUGCACCGGGAACUGCCCUCUCUGCAGCGAAGCUGAGAAACAACCCUACAAAGGCCCUCGGUUCUGUGGGCUCCUCACCACAGGGGACGGGCCCUUCAGAGAGUGCCACAGAGUCAUCAACCCCGCCCCCUUCUUCGACGACUGCGUCUUGGACACCUGCCAGUACAAGGGUCACCGUGACGCCCUGUGCAGCGCGAUCGGUGCCUACGUGGCGGCCUGCCAGGCCAGGGGCAUCCCGCUGGGGCCAUGGAGAUCGGCCUCCUUCUGCAGCCCCACCUGCCCCCGCAACUCCCACUACGAGCUCUGUGGGAACGGCUGCCCUGCCACCUGCCACGGCCUCUCAGCGCCAGAUGGCUGUGACGCCCCCUGUGCCGAAGGGUGUUUCUGUGACGCUGGAUUCCUCCUGAGUGGAGACCGGUGUGUCCCCGUCGCGCAGUGCGGCUGCAUGCACCAUGGCAGGUACUACCGGAGGGGAGAGGAGUUCUACCCCAGCACCUCCUGCCAGGAGCGGUGCCGGUGUCAAGACAACGGGGCCGUCGAGUGCCGGGAGGCCUCGUGCAGAGCCAGCGAGCAGUGCAGGGUGGAGAACGGAGUCCUGGGCUGCCACGCCAAGGGCUGUGGCAAAUGUGUUGCAUCUGGUGAUCGUCACUAUCUGACCUUCGAUGGACGGGCCUUUGAUUUCCAGGGCAAUUGCACUUACAGCUUAGCCAGAGUCUGCAGUAGUGACGCUGGGCUGGCCAACUUCUCCGUGUUGGUAGAAAAUAGAAUCUAUGGUAAUGGCCAAUUGUCAGUGGCACGGACGGUGAGAGUCUCUGUUCAUGGCUACACUGUCACCAUGGAGAGGGGAAGGAAAUGGAAAGUCACGGUGGAUGGGGAAUUCUACACUCUCCCACUGGCUACCGAUGAUGGGAAACUUUGGAUCAACCAGGAGGGGAACAACAUCAUUGUCCAGUCUGCUUCUGGCCCGAAAGUCCUUUACGAUACGUCCUAUUAUGUCCUAGUCUCCGUCCCCAGCUCCUACCAGGGACACGUGUGCGGCCACUAUCUGACCUUCGAUGGACGGGCCUUUGAUUUCCAGGGCACUUGCACUUACAGCUUAGCCAGGGUCUGCAGUAGUGACACUGGGCUGGCCAACUUCUCUGUGGUAGUAGAAAAUGAGAGCCAAGUGUCAGUGACACGGACGGUGAGCGUCUCUGUUCAUGGCUACACUGUCACCAUGGAGAGGGGAAGGAAAUGGAAAGUCACGGUGGAUGGGGAAUUCUACACUCUCCCACUGGCUACCGAUGAUGGGAAACUUUGGAUCAACCAGGAGGGGAACAACAUCAUUGUCCAGUCUGCUUCUGGCCCGAAAGUCCUUUACGACACCUCCUAUUAUGUCCUAGUCUCCGUCCCCAGCUCCUACCAGGGACACGUGUGCGGCUUGUGUGGCAACUUCAACGGUGACAAGAACGACGACUUCCUGCUGCCCAGUGGGAAGAGCGCCCAGAACGCGGAUGAGUUUGGGGCUGCCUGGAAGGUGCCCGUUGAGGGUGUCACAUGCUCCCAUGGUUGUGGGGACAGGUGCCCCAUCUGCGAUGCAGCAAAGAUGGUGCCGUACCAGGCUGAGAGCUCCUGUGGGUUGAUCAAAGCUCCAGCCGGUCCCUUUAAAGACUGUCACUCGCUCGUCAGCCCUGCCGAAUAUUUCAGCCAUUGCCUCUAUGACAUGUGUGCGGCCAACGGAGCCAGGGAAAUCCUCUGCCAGAGCCUGCAGGCCUACGUGGCCGCAUGCCAGGCAGCUGGAGGCACAGUCAGAGCCUGGAGAACGGCCUCUUUCUGCCCUUUCACCUGCCCGGCCAACAGUCACUACGAGCUGUGCACAAGGUCCUGCGAUUUCACAUGCGCCGGCUUGUUCUCCCCUGCCCAGUGCACUGCGAAGUGCUUUGAGGGCUGCCAGUGCAACGCUGGCUACGCAUUCAAUGGGGAAACGUGCGUGUCCAUGGAAGGAUGCGGCUGCCUGCAUGACGGGCGCUACCUCAAGGCCGGGGAGAGUGUCAUCUCCAGCACUUGCUCAGAGAAAUGCACCUGCCAGGCCUCAGGCGGGCUCGUCUGCAAGCCACACAGAUGCCUUGUCCAGGAGAUCUGUGCGCUACAGGAGGGGGUGCGCAGCUGUGUGAAGCAGAAGGGCCGGUGCAUCCUGCUCCCGGGAGGCCAGCUCACCUCCUUCGACGGCGCCUCUGGUGGAGAUCUCCCCAGUGGAGCGUACGAGCUGGCGUCUCUCUGCAACAGCAGCACCCCCUCCUGGUUCAGGCUGGUGGUGGAGGUCAGGGCCUGUGGUGACGAGGGACGCACGGCUGGGACGACCGCCUACAUUUUCUUCCAAGAUGCCUUCAUAGCUGUGAAAAGGAGCAAGGAGACCUGGGUGAACGGGCGCUCGAUGCAGCUCCCGGCAAAGGUCUCCGACGCGGUGUCUGUGAGUGAGUCUCAGGGCGGUGUGGCCGUGGUCCAGGCCUCGGGGGUGCAGGUUCUGUUCAGCCCCAGAGGGCAGGUGACGGUGCGAGUCGGCGAGAGCCUGGCUAACAAGCUGUGCGCAUCCUGUGGAAACUUCAAUGACGACAUCUCCGACGACCUGCGGCUGCCUGGCGGGGGCUUUGCAAGGAACAUCACUGAGGUCGUCAGUGCCUGGAAGGCUGGAGAUUUCUCUGGGUGUGGCAUCUAAACAAACCCUGGCUGCUGAAGCAUCUUCCCUCCCUUUGGUGGAUCUGCUGCCAUCUUAGUUAGGAAUUGUUCACAGUGCCAUUGCUGUAGCCUGCGUGACUGCUUGUGUCCGCUAGGCCAUUGAGUGGGAAAGUCUUUGUUCUGAUGGUCAAUAAAAACGAAUUAACCUGCAGACAUGAUUGGGAACCAAUAAAGUCACC